UUUAAAAAAAUAAUACAUAUUCACGCUUGUUUUACAUUUUAAUUAUAGUUUUUUGAUGGAUAAAAGGUUUAAAUAUGGAUUAAAUUCGUGAAAAUGGAAAUUAUUCAUGAAAUAUAUUUAGUGACAAAAGAAUAAUUAAGCGAUAACAAUAAAAUCAAACGAAAACGAUGUCUGAAUCACGAUGUUGUUGGGUAUGUUUUGCGACCGAAGAAGAUGAUCCAAAUCAACAGUGGGUACAGCCAUGUAAUUGUCGUGGCACUACCAAAUGGGUCCAUCAACAAUGUUUACAACGAUGGGUCGAUGAAAAACAGAAAGGUGGUGGAAAUAGUCGUGUCGUUUGUCCACAAUGUCAAACGGAAUAUCUAAUCGUUUUCCCUGAUAUGGGAUUAUUGGUUAUGAUUAUGGAUACUAUUGAUAGUAUUGUAUAUAAAUUAUGUCCAUUUAUGGCAGCUGGAAUCGUAGUUGGUGCUAUUUACUGGACGGCUGUUACAUAUGGAGCGGUUACUGUAAUGCAGGUAAUUGGCCACAGCGAUGGUAUGGCUAUAAUGGAACAAGCAGAUCCAUUAAUUUUAUUAGUGGGUUUACCAGCGAUUCCAAUUGCAUUAGUUGUUGGUAAAAUGGUACGAUGGGAAGACACUGUUUUGGCACUAAUUCGUAAUUAUUUGGUGCACGUUCCUUUGGUUAAAUAUUUACUUCCGUUUCAAAUUGAUAUAUCACCAAAUGAAGCAAUACGCAGUGAAGAUAUUCCACCAAUAAGUGAUCCAAUAUCAGCAACACGUAUAUUAUGUGGUGCCUUGUUAUUACCUUCAAUAGCCGUACUAUUUGGACGUGUAUUUUUUGAAUCAGUACGAUCGAAUUUUCAUCGAACAGUGUUAGGUGGUAUGACAUUUAUUGCAGCCAAAGGUUGUUUGCGUAUUUACCAUAAACAACAACAAUACUAUCGACAUUGUAAACGCCGUAUACUUGAUUAUACUGCACAAAAUAUUGCGGCAUAUAUGCGUCAUGGUAACAGUGCUCCUACUUCUCCUUAAAAAUUAAAAUAAAUUAAUAAAUACACUAAAAGAAUAUUUAAUAAUUUAAUUUAAUAAUUAAAAAAAAAUAAAUAAAUAAAUAAACUUCACAAUUCACUCAUUCAUGAUCACA